AUGGACUUUGAUGAGCUAUGGAGGAAGAUUUGGGAGGUCAAGCCCAACAAGGAAGAAACUAAGAACGACGCACCCGAUAAUGCAGUGACUGACCCUACACCAACUGAGGAGUCCUGGCUAUAUCGCUUUUGGCAAGAGUCGCCGAGAGCAGUUCUCCGAAUGAUAGCUCUGAAGUUCAUAGAGUUGAUCAAAAACUGCCAGUCGGGGUCACCAAUCCAGUCGAUAGGCGAUCUCGACUGA